AUGGAGUCUUCAAUAUCAAUAAUAUUUCACCUAUACUUGGUGGCGCUGGUGGUGUUGGUUUCUUCAUCCCCAUCUCACUCUUCUAUGGCACCCUCUGUGUCGUCUUUGGAGAAGACGAGACGACGAUGCCACGAUGAAGAGAAGGCUGCCUUGCUCCAAUUCAAGCACAGCUUUGCCAGCACCAACGAAUGCUAUAAUGGUGAUUGGAGUGAUGUUUUUCAUCAAAAACGAAAACUGGAAUCAUGGAAAGAAGGGGGCGACUGCUGCUCGUGGGAGGGCGUGGAGUGUGGUGAUGAUCACCACCAUGUCGUCGGAUUACACCUGAGUGGCAGUUGCCUCUAUGGUUCCGUAAACUCGAGCAAUGCACUCUUUACCCUCACUCACCUCCAGAGGUUGGACCUCUCCUACAAUGACUUCAACUAUUCUCACAUACCCUCCGCAAUCGGAAACCUCUCCAGUCUCACUCAUCUCAAUUUGUCUGGUUCCAACUUUUCUGGCCAAAUCCCACAACAACACCUCUCCAAUAUCACAACUAUGGUUUCCCUUGAUCUGUCUUCAUAUUCUGAAUUGGAACUUCAUAGUCUGAAAGGACUAGUUCAACACAUGAGCAACUUGAAGCAUCUCCAUCUAUCACGUGUGGACCUCUCUUCUUCAGCUCCACCUCACGACUUCCUCUCAAACUUCUCAUCUUUACAGUAUCUGCAUCUUUCUUCAUGUCAGCUGAGGGGUGGGUUUCCCGCUGCCAUUUUCAAUCUCCCAAGCAUCAAGAUGCUCGAUUUAAGCGGCAACCCUGAUCUCAGAGGCUAUCUGCCCAGCUUCCGUUCGGGGAGUCCUCUUAAAUCGUUGCGGCUCUCUCACACAAGUUUUGGGGGAGUGUUGCCUCCCUCCAUUGGGAACCUCUCCUCUUUGGAAGAACUAGACAUCGGCGGUUGCAAUUUUGCAGGGGACCUUCCGACGUCACUCGGUAAUCUUACCCAACUCGUUUCUUUAGGUGCUAAUAACUUCACCCCAGAUACUCUCGAUACUUCUUCAUUGUCGUGGAUUGGUAAGCUCACCAAGCUCACUUAUUUGUCCCUUGACAACAUGGACUUGACGGGGCUUCAGCUGCUAAAUCUUUCUAGAAACGAUCUCAGCGGUCAAAUACCGUCUUCUUUCUCCAACUUGACAAGUUUAGAGAGUUUGGAUCUUUCCCAAAACCAACUCUCAGGGCACAUUCCUAUGGAGCUAACAAAACUCACUCCUCUUUCAUCAUUUAACGUGUCAUUCAACAAUCUCUCUGGCCCCAUACCACAAGGAAAUCAGUUCUGUACCUAUGAUGCCAAAUCUUAUGAAGGGAAUCCUGGAUUGUUCAUUGAAACUUGGAAUAAGCAGUGCGGAAAUGCAAGGUCUUUGCCUCAACUGCAGCAUCCUCCACCCACUACAAGUGAUGGUGAUGAUGAUGAUGAUGAUUCAGAAUAUGAGUUUAGAAUGAAGUGGAUAAUAAUAUUGAUUGGAUUCGUCAGUGGUUUAGUGGGUGGAGUGAUAGUUGGGAACAAAUUCACCACAAGAAAACACGAUUGGUUCGUCAAGACUUUUGCAAGGAAACGGAGAGGGUAGGCAUAAGAGGAGAAGCAUACGCUAUAUAUAAGCAUUCUCAGUUGUGUUUUGAAGUUGGACAAAGAUAUAAAUGGUUAUGUAUCAU